CGGUACUGAGGUUGCACACUCUGGCUUGAUGGAGUGAGGAGCGCGGUAGAGCCAGUUACGGAGGACUUUUGUGAAUUUUCAGAUUCGGAACAUGAACUACAUAUCAAAAAGACAUCGGUCCAUAGAUUCAGCUAGACCAGUUCAAUAUUAAAGUGAACAGAGCAAACGGUAAUUUCAGAGGUUUUCAUGCAUACCUUCAUAUAAAGCCAAUGUAAUAUCUGUCGUAUUUCAAAACUGUUUCACCGAAGUCCUGGAAUUUGUUGAUUCUCUAUCAAUUUUCCUCCCUUUCUAUUCAUUACAUUUGAGGCUCCGAAAGCUUCCAUUGCCUCUGCUUCAAGGACUGGUGAUUUGGAACGGCAUUUGAUAGCCACUGGACUUGAUUCAUCGCGGAGUUUUUGACUCCUCGUCAUGGGGUACAGUGGACAAACUGCUAGAAGUGGAAGAAGAGGAGUCGCGGGAUACUUAUUGAAGAUGAUCACCAUAUUUUUGUUUUUUCUAAUUGCCCUCGUGGAUAUCGGAGCUUCUCAAGUGAGAGAUGAUGAUGACUUCAUGGGAUUGGGUGAUCUGCCAGAGACCUUCCCCUCGGACCCUCCGGAGCCCCUCCCAGUGUUCCUGAUGGAGCCCGAGGAGGCGUACAUCGUCAAGAACAAACCUGUCAAUCUCUACUGCAAGGCCACGCCCGCCACUCAGAUCUACUUCAAAUGCAACAGCGAGUGGGUCCACCAGAAAGAACACACCGUAGAGGAGAGGGUGGACGAGAACUCGGGAUUGGUGGUGCGAGAGGCCAGUAUUGAGAUCACACGGCAGCAAGUAGAGGAGCUGUUUGGACCAGAGGACUUCUGGUGUCAGUGUGUUGCCUGGAGCUCUGCAGGGACCACCAAGAGUCGCAAGGCACACGUCCUCAUCGCGUAUCUCAGGAAGACAUUUGACCAGGAGCCUCUGGGAAAGGAAGUGUCUCUAGAACAGGAAGUGCUUCUUCAAUGCCGCCCCCCAGAAGGAGUCCCUGCUGCUGAGGUGGAGUGGCUGAAGAAUGAGGAGAUCAUAGACCCUGCUGAUGACCGUAACUUCUACAUCACCAUCGACCAUAACCUGAUCAUCAAACAGGCCAGACUGUCUGACACAGCUAACUACACAUGUGUCGCCAAGAACAUCGUCGCUAAGAGACGGAGCACCACGGCAACUGUCAUUGUUUAUGUGAAUGGUGGCUGGUCAACGUGGACAGAGUGGACGGUGUGUAACAGUCGCUGUGGCCGUGGCUACCAGAAGCGUACGCGGAGCUGCACCAACCCAGCACCUCUCAACGGCGGCGCCAUCUGUGACGGACAAGGCAUUCAGAAGCUGGCAUGUAACCCACUGUGCCCAGUGGAUGGUCUGUGGACAGAGUGGAGUAAAUGGUCCACGUGUGGGACAGAGUGUACCCAUUGGAGGAGGAGGGAGUGCAGCGCCCCAGCGCCCAAAAACGGUGGGAAGGACUGUGAGGGCAUGGUGCUUCAGUCCCAGAACUGCACCGAUGGCCUGUGUAUGCAGAGUUCCUUAUAUCAGAAGUCCUCUGAAUUCAACAAAGACAAGAUUGAUUUGGGAUAUCCAUCUGCCCCCAGUACAGAUGAUGUGGCACUGUACGUAGGCGUCGUCAUCGCUGUGAUCAUGUGUCUGGUCAUCUCCGUCAUCGUGGCGCUGUUCGUCUACAGGAAGCACCAUCGCGACUUUGACUCUGACAUCAUAGACACCUCGGCCCUCUACGAGGGUUUCCAGCCCGUUAGCAUCAAGACGGCUCGAACAGCUGACCUUCUGACAACACCCCCUGACCUGACCUCUGCUGCCGCCAUGUACCGCGGUCCGGUCUACGCCCUCCAUGAUGUCGCAGACAAGAUUCCCAUGACCAACUCCCCCCUCUUGGACCCCCUGCCCAACCUGAAGAUCAAGGUGUACAACUCCUCUGGUCUGGUCACCCCCUCUGAGGACCUGUCUGAAUUCUCCUCCAAGCUGUCCCCUAAGCUGCCCCACUGCCUGCUGGAUGGGGACACCAUGGGGAGGAGGACCCAGACCCAGACCCUGCUCCGUACCGGCACCAGGGACCCCUCCUGUACCGCUCUGGGCUCCUUCAACUCCAUGGGUGGACACCUCAUUGUCCCCAACUCAGGGGUGAGUCUCCUAGUUCCAGCGGGGGCUGUCCCACAGGGUAGAGUGUAUGAGAUGUACGUGACCGUCCACAGGAAGGACAGCAUGAGACCCCCAGUCGAUGACUGCCAGACAGUGCUGAGUUCAGUGGUGAGCUGUGGCCCCCCUGGGGCCCUCCUGACUCGCCCAGUCAUCAUCACCAUGCACCACUGUGCUGAGGCCGAUAGUGAUUCAGCCGAGGAUUGGCUGAUCCAGCUCAAGAGCCAAUCACAGCAGGCCCAGUGGGAGGAGGUGGUGGUGGUAGGAGAGGAGAACUUCACCACUCCCUGUUACAUCCAGAUGGAUGAGGAGGCAUGUCACAUCCUGACAGAGACCCUAGGGACAUACUGCCUAGUGGGCCAGUCCUGCAGCGCGGCCACCACCAAGAGACUGAAACUGGCCAUCUUCGGCCCCGUCACCUGCCCCGCCCUUGAGUACCACAUUAGAGUUUACUGCCUGGAUGACACACAGGACUCAUUCAAAGAGGUUUUGCAGAUGGAGAAACAGAUGGGAGGGAAACUCCUGGACGAACCAAAGACACUCAACUUCAAGGACAGCACCCACAACCUGCGACUGUCCAUCCACGAUGUCCCACACACACUGUGGAAAAGCAAGCUACUAGCCAAGUACCAGGAGUUGUCAUUCCAGCAGGUGUGGUCUGGGUCCCAGAGGAACCUCCACUGUACUUUCACCCUGGAGAGGUUCUGUUCCAGCACCGUCAACCUGGCCUGUAAGCUGUGUGUUCGACAGGUGGAGGGGGAGGGACAGAUCUUCCAGCUCGACACCACCCUCUCAGAGGACACCCAGAGUAUCGACACGUCUCUGCUGGACCCAGCCAGUAACAUCACAACCCUGGUGGGGCCCAAUGCCUUCCGCAUUCCCCUCUCCAUCAGACAGAAGCUCUGUGGCAGCCUGGACGCCCCACAGAACCGAGGAAACGACUGGAGGAUGUUGGCACACAAACUGAACCUGGACAGGUAUUUGAAUUACUUUGCCACUAAAUCCAGUCCUACGGGGGUGAUUCUGGACCUUUGGGAGGCCCAACACUUCCCUGACGGGAACCUCGGCCGCCUGGCUGCCGUGCUGGAGGAGAUGGGUCGCCAUGAGAACCUCGUGCUCAUGGUAACAGACCACUGACACCCGUCCUUCAAAGAACAGUAAGUUCCAGGGAGGAGUAAGAGAUGAGUCACAGAGAAAAGAAGAGAGAGAGGAACACAGGACAGACAGAAAUACAGGACAGGCAGAGCAAGACCUCUCUUCCAUCAGAGAACACACAUCCAUAGAGACACACACACAAACAUACACAAAAAUAUAAACGCAACAUGCAACAAUUUCAUAGGUUUUGUGAGUUACAGUUCAUAUAAGGAAAUCAGUCAAUUGAAAUAAACUCAUUAGGCCCUAAUCUAUGGAUUUCACAUGACUGGGAAUACAGAUAUGCAUCUGUUGGUCACAGACACCUUAAAAAAAGGUAGGGCGUAGAUCAGAAAACCAGUCAGUAUCUGGUGUGACCACCAUUUGCCUCAUGCCGCGCUACACAUCUCCUUCACAUAGAGUUGAUCAGACUGUUGAUUGUGGCCUGUGGAAUGUUGUCCCACUCCUCUUCAAUGCCUGUGCAAAGUGGCUGGAUAUUGGCGGGAACUGGAACACACUGUCGUACAUGUCGAUCCAGAGCAUCCCGAACAUGCUCAAUGGGUGACAUGUCUGGUGAGUAUGCAGGCCAUGGAAGAACUGGAACAUUUUCAGCUUCCAGGAAUUGUGUACAGAUUCUCGUGACAUGGGGCUGUGCAUUAUCAUGCUGAAACAUGAGGUGAUGGUGGUGGAUGAAUGGCACCACAAUGGGCCGCAGAUCUCGUCACAGUAUCUCUGUGCAUUCAAAUUGCCAUCGAUAAAAUGCAAUUGUGUUCGUGUACGUAGCUUAUUCCUGGCCAUACCAUAACCCCACCUCUGUUCGCAAUGUUGACUUCAGCAAAGUGCUCACCCACACGCUCUCUGCCAUCUGCCCGGUACAAUUUAAACUGGGAUUCAACCCUGAAGAGCACAGUGUGCCAGUGGCCAUCGAAGAUGCGCAUUUUCCCAAUGAAGCCUGUUACGACCCCAAACUGCAGUCAGGUCAAAGCCCUGAUGAGGAUGACGAGCACACAGAUGAGCUUCGCUGAGACGGUUUCUGACCGUUUGUGCAACAAUUAUUCGGUUGUGCAAUCUCACAGUUUCAUCAGCUGUCCAGGUGGCGUGUCUCAGACCCUCCCACAGGUGAAGAAGCUGGCAGUGGAGGUCCUGGACUGGCGUGGUUACAUGUGGUAUACAUGUACAUUUUAGAGAGUGACUUUUGAUUGUCCCCAGCACAAGGUGCCACUGUGUAAUGAUCAUGCUGUUUAAUCAGCUUCCUGAUAUGCUACACAUGUCAGGUGAAUGGACUAUCUUUCCAAAGGCGAAAUGCUCACUAACAGGAAUGUAAACACAUUUGUGCAGAAAAUUUAGAGCGAAAUAAGCUUUUUGUGCAUAUGGAACAUUUCUGGGAUGUUUUAUUUCAGCUCAUGAGAAAUGAGACCAACACUUUACAUGUUGCGUUUAUAUCUUGUUCAAUAUACUUAGCAUAGCCGCGCUCCACUUUCAAUAUAUUGAACUAGGAUGUUAGUGAGCCCUGUCUGUACUCUCUCUGGUACAGUUUUCUUUACCUUGAUACAGUUUCCUAGGAAACGCUUGAUAGUUCUGUCCAUAUAUUGGAUGACCUCAUGGACGUCUCUCUGUGGUGACAGACUGGCUCAGAGCAGAGGAACAUGGGAAGGGGUGUGGCCAGAGGGAGUGGGGAAGGCCCCUCCCACUUCAACUGCCCUAUGGAUCCUCAUGGUAACUCCUGGAACCAACAAUACUGUUUAAGGACUCGUCAACAUUUCUAAUGAAAGAACUUGUUUGGGUGACUAUAUACGUCUGUAUUUAACACAUCUAUUUAUACACAAAUAUGUCUCCUGUAUUUUAUGCAGUCUAAUAUUGAUUACUUUAGGCUGCGUUUACACAUAGCCAUCUUUUGACCAAUCAGAUCUUUUCACAGCAGAUCUUUUUCAGAGCUGAUCUGAUUGGUCAAAAGACAAAUGAGUAAAACAAUAUCAGAAUUGAGCUGCCCGUGUAAACAUAGCCUUGGAGUUCUCUUGUGUUCCCUUUCUUUUCAUUGUGUCAACGUGCCCCCUGGUGGAUUCUCUUGUUAAUGACGCCUACUGUACAGUCACUGAAACAAAGCCAGUAGAACAACCUGUACAUAAGCAGAACAUUGAAAACUCUAACCUUUUACAGUGUUAGUAAGACCGUCAUCAUUAAUAUUAACUGUUGUCAUUCCUGUUGUGUAUUAUUAUUGUUUUACAAUUAUUUUUUGUUACUUUCUAUUCUUCAAUUAUUUACAAUUUGCCUAUUUAAUUUGAAAAGUAUAUAUUUUGGUUUAGAUUGCGCUAUCAAGUGUUGGUUUAUUAGCCCAUAAAACCAAUGAUUCUGAUAGAUGGAACUGUUUGAGAGGUCAGUGAGAGGUCAUUCAAUCAAAGGUCAAAGUUCAGUAGUUAUCGCUCACUGCAUGCCAGUCAGCAUAGUAGGGUCAUCACUGUCUGGACAAGUUACAAAAUCAGAAGUUCUAAAAUGUAGCUUCUUAAAAUCCGAUUUUGAACCUAGCCCUAACCUUAACCUCACUGGUAACCUUAUACCCUAACCUUAAAUCAAGACAAAAAAGUUUAUUUUCAUAAAUGUUUCCAAUAUAGACCAUUUUGACUGACUUUGCAGGUUGGUCAUCUAGUGGGAACCGUAUAAUGGAGAAUCUCAAUCUGCUCUCAUCAUGUAUGGUCCUCUGAUGAUGACCUCAUUCAUAUGAGACAGAACCAGGGUAGUGGAAGAGAUGCGAGUCUGUCUCCCAAGGUGGAAGAUGGGUCAUUUGUUGAUAGACAAAUAUAUUUUUUCUUAGGACUGAUGCAGCCUGAUACGAUUGUCUUUUUACCAAAUAAUUGACAUAAUAUUAUGUACAAUUCCACACUAGCGUUCUCUUUCAUCAGGUCAAAAUACGUGUCAUUUGAUUGUUUCGCGCCAAGUUACUGAAUGACAGUUGCUGUUGACGAUGAGCGGGGGGAAUAGAAAUAGGUGAAAUAAUGGGAAAUGUUAUGCAUUAUCUAUUUAUUUAUAUUUGAAAUGGGAAAUUCAGUAUAAGGAUUGUAUGAAAGCGUAUGUGUAUGUGUCAAAUAAACAAAACAUUCCUUUACAGCGGCAGUACUGACGACAGUCAUUUGAUUCCUUUUGGUUCAAAUCAUUUUGUCUUGACAGUUGGGAAUUUUUCUAAAGCCGUCUAUGCAAACUUUGCAUUCUUUAUAAACAAAAUGUAGGUACUGAAAAGUGCUAGCUGUUGCAUUCCAUCGUUCUCCUGAGGCUUCAUGGGUAAUAUUGUAUAGUGAGAACGUAGCUAAUUCUUGUUCUGACUCUCAUGUUACUUGCAAAUGCUUGCAUUUCCUCUGUCAAGUUCCUGUACAAAGUGUAAGAAAUAAUUUUUAAAACUAAUAAUAAAUUAUAUUUAUAUGCAACACUGAA